AUUGCGCAGCUUUUCUAUGCGCGAAAAGAGACUUUACAAUGGCGGAAGAUGUAAAAGAUGAUGUGACUGAAAUUCCCACAAAGAGACAGAAACUUGACAAAGAUGAUGAUGAUUAUGGUAUCAAACAAGAAUGUACUUCAAGCAACAACUCUGCCACAGACAAACUGGUAUUGAGUGAAGAUGUGCCAUCGACAUCAAGCGACAAUGGACCUCAUGCUGAAAAUAAGUUGUCCCUGGGUCCUCAACAGUUGCCUGAUCCAGGUGAUAACAUGGAUGAUGACUCAGAUAGUGACAUGAGUGAUAUAUCAGGCCUAAGUGAAACAGUUUGGAAAACAACACCAGGUGCAAUGGCAUGGGUGCAUCGUCAAAUGAUGCUUGGUCAAAAUCCAAGAGAUAUUUUGAGAGAUCUAAUCUCAAAAGAUGCAGAUAUUGAUGAUUUGGAUGACUAUGCAAUAUGGGAAAUUAUAAUACGCCUCCUGUCUGAGCCACCAAAGCGAGACCGUUUGGAAGAAUACCACACACUGGAUCACGCUAUUAAUCUCAUCAAAUCCUGUAAAAAGAUUGUUGUCCUUACUGGAGCAGGGGUGUCAGUUUCCUGCGGAAUUCCAGAUUUUAGGUCAAGAGAUGGUAUCUACGCCAGGUUAGCUGUGGAUUUUCCAAAUCUGCCUGACCCACAGGCCAUGUUUGAUAUCAAUUUCUUUAGUAAGGAUCAGAGACCAUUCUUUAAAUUUGCAAAGGAAAUAUACCCAGGUCAGUUUGAGCCAUCAAGGUCUCACAAAUUUAUUAGAUUGCUGGAAACCCAUGAAAAGCUACUCAGAAACUACACACAGAAUAUAGAUACUCUGGAACAAGUUGCUGGAAUAGAAAGGGUGAUACAAUGCCAUGGUUCAUUUGCAACAGCAACCUGUAUGGCCUGUAAGCACAAAGUUACAGCUGAUGCAGUUAGGGAGGAUAUAUUCAACCAGGUAAUCCCUAAGUGUACAGUCUGUCCUGAGGGAACAGAAAUGGCCAUCAUGAAGCCAGACAUUGUGUUUUUUGGAGAAAGUCUACCAGAAGAGUUUCAUCAGCAGAUGGCUGAAGAUAAACAAGAUUGUGACCUUUUGAUUGUGAUUGGCUCGUCCCUUAAAGUUCGACCUGUGGCUCUUAUUCCCAACUCGCUACCUCAGAAUGUUCCACAGAUCCUCAUUAACAGAGAACCAUUACAACAUUUAAAUUUUGACAUUGAACUGUUGGGUGACUGUGAUGUCAUCAUCAGUGAACUUUGCAAGCGUCUGAAAGAUGGAUUUCAGGUUCUGGCAGAUUCUUCCCCAGCUAUGCAUGAGAUCUCGAGAGAUCAAUUACGCACACCUUCCCCUGUUCCCUUCCCUCAGAAAAAUCCGCUGGAAUCUUCUGAAGAGGAUAAAGUUGACAGCCAGGAAGUUCCAGUUGUAAGGGCAGGCCAUUUGUCAAGUGUGAAUGACACUGAGGGGCAAUUAGAGACUGAGAAAUCAAGUCCAUCAGAAGGUGACAAGAACAAGCAAGAUGAUGCAGGGAAAAUUACAAACAGUGAAAAUAUUGAAAAUCUAGCAUGUACAGAUGGUUUGAAUAGCAAUUCUGCAGCAUCUCAGUGCCUUGAAUCAAAUGCUGUCCAACCUCCAUUGGAAAAUCCAUUGGAUGAAGCUAUGCCAUGUGAUUCUACAACCGAAGAACUUAGGUCCAUGUGGCAGCCAGAGAGAGUUAGUCUUGCCAAGUACUUAGAAGAUGGGCAGUACGUACAUCUACCUCCAAACAGAUAUGCAUUCCCAGGGGCAGAAAUUUACACAGAAGGAGAGAGUGAGGAGGAGGAGGAACAUUUCAGAAACAGCAUUAGCAUGUCAAGCAGCUCGAGCUGUUCUUCACUCAACAGUCACGGCAAUGUGGAACAAUCUGACGAAGAAAACAAGAGUCUCGGGAAACAAGAGUCCAAUGAGGAGCCAAUGAAUGCGUCAGGAAAAGACAGUGAUGAUAUGUCAAGUGAUGUCCGAAUCUCUAGCACAGACUGUGGCAAUUCCAAGCAUCAGGAUUCUCGGACAUCACCCACAGUGGGGUUGAAUGCAAGUUCUUGUCACUUGGACGCUGAAGAAACGGUUGUAAGCCAGUCUUGUGUCGGACAAACAAGCAAAGAUGUGAAAUUAGAUAUACCAAGUGCACAGCAGCCCAAGGAUGAAGAUGUAGCUCUACCUGACUCCUCUAAUAGCAGCAUGUAAAUUGUUAUAUGACGCU